GAGCAGUCCUUUUUCAGAAGCUCAUUCAAGUUUUGUGUGUCGGAGAGUGCUCAUCUAUUGAUCAGUACGAGCGAACGACAGGCAUCCUUUGGGGAUUAAAUCCGUAACAGUGUUUCUUUUUUAGUCGUUUCGAGAGUGCACGUCACCUGUGGAAGAUAACAGACGAUCCAAAAGGGCAAAACAACAAUCGCUUUUAAGCGAAGACCCAGUUCUGGGAGCCUCCUUGAAGACCCAGGUAACAUGGAUGGAUUUUAUGACCAGCAAGUUCCAUUUAUAGUCCCAUCUAAUCAGAAAUCAUUACAAGUGGAAGAACCAUACUGCAGGCCAGUUAAUGAGAGGAAAAGAAAGUUAGUGGAGACUGAACUCGCUCAGGAUACAGAAGAACUUUUCCAGGACCUCAGCCAGCUGCAGGAGAUCUGGAUAGCAGAAGCUCAGGUUCCCGAUGAUGAACAGUUUGUCCCAGAUUUCCAGUCGGAGAGCUUGAUGUUUCAUGGCCCACCACCAUCCAAGAUCAAAAGGGAACUGAGUCCCUCCAAAGAGCUCUCCCCCUGUAGCCAAGACAGAAGUCCUAUGCCGUAUGGAGAGAAGUGCCUUUACAGCUACAGUGCCUACGAAAGGAAGCCCACAACUGGGUUCAAGCCAUUGACUCCACCCUCAACGCCCGUCUCGCCGUGUGGUUCCAGCAACCCGCAUGGGACACGCACCCUGCAUGAACAGACGACGACUCCUGUCCCCAAUUCAACGUUAGGACAGCAUCUCCUUCACAGGCAGCCUUCAAUGACCAAGACCACACCAGGCCAGCCGGCACUCCCUCACCACAGCCAUAGCCCACCUUUUGCGGUGCCCUGUCCACCCCUGAACCGUGAUGCUCACUUCAAUAAUGAGCCUAGGUUUCAGCGACAACUUUCAGAGCCCUGCCUUCCAUUCCCACCUGCCGACUCCCAGGGAAGACCUAACUUCAUGCCACAUGUCCCAAGCACUUCACCUAGAGAUGGCAGACCACCUUACCAUCGCCAAAUGUCAGAACCCCUGGUUCCCGUGCCUCCUCAGGGUUUCAAACAGGAGCUCCUAGAACCACGCUACUCUGAGCAGGGUGUUCCCAACAUGGGCCCGUCCCAGGCGGCCUUCCACCCAAUGGCCAUCAAGCAGGAGCCACGUGACUUCUGCUUUGACUCUGAAGUGCCUAAGUGCCAGUCUUCAUUUGGGAGGGCAGCAAGCUUCUACCAAAGCCAUGAGAGCUUUUCAUUUGACAGAGAUCAGCAGUUAUAUUAUGAUGACACCUGUGUGGUCCCCGAGCGAAUUGAAGGGAAGAUAAAGCAAGAGCCAUCUGUGUAUCGCGAUGGUCCGCCGUACCAGCGACGUGGCUCCCUUCAACUUUGGCAGUUUCUCGUCACGCUCCUGGAUGAUCCCGCCAAUGGGCAUUUCAUCGCGUGGACGGGACGAGGAAUGGAAUUCAAACUUAUAGAGCCAGAGGAGGUGGCCCGACGCUGGGGUAUCCAGAAAAACAGGCCGGCUAUGAACUAUGAUAAGCUGAGUCGCUCCUUGCGCUACUAUUAUGAGAAAGGAAUCAUGCAGAAGGUAAAGGUUGCUGGUGAGAGGUAUGUAUACAAAUUUGUGUGUGAUCCCGAGGCACUCUUCUUCAUGGCCUUCCCAGACAACCAGAGGCCCAACCUUAAAGCAGAUCCCGAUGGCCUGCCCGGAGCAGAUGAGGACACGCUUCCACUGACACACUAUGACGAUGUGGCUUCGUACCUGGUGGACGGAGGGGAGCAGUGUGUCUCUGGGAUGCCUUUCCCCGACGGUUAUGUGUACUGAUCAGCACCCUGAAAUGUUGAUCUGACUGAAACACAUCUGUCCCUGUUGCCUCAACUCCUUCUGAACUGCCCACUUCCAGAUUAACCCUCCCAAACGUAUAAAUGAAUGAGGAGAUAUCUGCAAGACACUUUCUCUCUGGCGUCAGUCGGUGGGUAGGGGGUCGAGGAUGUGAGCAAGGACGGUUUGCAGUGCUCAUAGCAAGCGGUCAAUGCCACAGGAAGAGAGAUGGUUGAGCUGGAGCAAGAAUGGUGCUCGAAGGACAGAGAGAUCUCACUGCAAGAAUUGUAGCAAUUCUGUUUUUGACAAUCUGCUUUUUAAAAAAAAUGAUAACCAAUUAUUAAGAAGAAAAAAAAACUUAAAUGCAGCACUAUUUAAUAGAUGCCUUUUUGGUCUCAAUUAAUUUUGCGUUCCCUCCAAAUCACACAGACAAAAAGUCAAAAGGGCUUUAUAUUGCAAGGAGGAAUAAAAUGACCCGUUUGUUUCUUCACACCUGUUAAGACUCUUUAGAAAGCUGGCUUUUAUACAACAAUUUUUGUUUAAAUGUGGACAGCUUUAAUUAUGCUGUGGAUUCCUACAGAACAAUGUUUUAUUUUUUGUAUCAUUAGUUUGGUUCUGAAUGUCAGGUGUUGUUUUAUAUUAACUUUCUUUGUUUUGUGCUGGUUAACCCAAGAGUUAUUGCUGUGAGGAAUGUAAAUUUAAACCAGAGGCACUCUAUAGUAUAUUUAGUCAACUUUGCAGGACUGUUAACCCAUUGUUAAAUCUAUUUCUGUAUAUUGAAUUUGUUUUCUCCCUAAAAUGCCAAAUUUGGAAGAUAACUUUCUCACUUCACAACAUUCGAAAGGGAUGCACUUAUCAGAAUUUCUCCAUGAGGACUCUGAAUGCAUAAGUGUGAGUAAAGGGCAAACGUAUUUAGCCUCGUACAUUGCAAUUUUGUUACCAUCCUAGAUUUUAAUGCACCGGGAGAGCAGGAUUAUCAGGGCCUUGCAUGCAAUAAGGUAAAAGAAAAAUACAUUUUCAAGUUGACCACUGCUUCCUUUUGCAUGAUGUACUCAAUGAUCAGCUGUCCACUAACAUAUCGCUUUUAUGCUGGACAAAGAAGAAAUCGUGGAGUUUUCUGCAUUUGUAUUCUCUCUUUUUUCUUUUCUUUUUUGGAAAGAUGAACUUAUAUAUUUUUGCAAAGUCUGCAUUUAUUUGAUUUGAUUGUAUAAGCUGUAUAGUUCUGCCUGUAACAGAUACUCUAUGUAUGUUUUAAAUGGACCCCUGCAUUGCACACCGGUGGUUACUGGACACCCUUUCCUGGUGGGUUCGAGAGCAGUGCCUUUAAAUGAGAGGUGCAGCUUAUAAAUGAACAGUUUUCUCAUUGAAUGAGGGGCUCGCCUCAACCUCCACCACAGAAAGGUUGUCUGCACUUGUACAGGCUUAACCUUGUUCCCUCACAAUGUGUACCUUACACUGCUGAGUUUAUAAUCUGUACUGGGUACAAUAAACUGUCCAUUCUGCUUCA